UAUUUGGAGUCGAGGGAAUGUACAUGUAUUCUGCUGAUAGUCAUAUAAAUAUUUAUUUGUUACCUUUGUGGUGUUUUCGUGGAUCUGACCACACGGAAAUCUGUCGUUCAUUUUUCCGGAGGGAAUGCAGGAAAUAUACAAAUUCCUUUCGACUGUGUUGCAGACAUUCUAUUGUAACACCCAAAAAGGUGCAGAACUGGGUCAAGCUUCAGUUUAAAAUGGCAUCACGUAUGUAUACAGUAUUCAUGCUGGUUGGUCUGGUGUCAGUACCACAGGUUAUUGGAGACAUUGGCUUCUUCUGGCACGUGGCUGACCUCCACUAUGACCCCAAUGUAUUCACAGACACUCAGCAGAAGCCGUAUGGUGACUAUGUCAAUGACUCCCCCUGGUCUCUUGUCAACAGCUCUUUACACGCCAUGAAGCAGAUUGAACCUAACGCAGACUUUAUACUCUGGACAGGGUACUGUUUUCUUGUUUAUUCUUACAACCAACGCGGAAUUAUAACCAAAAUGUCACGAUAUUAUUAUUAUUAUUAUUAUUAUUAUUAUUAUUAUUAUUAUUAUUAUUAUAGAGAUACAGGCCCUCACAGAAAGAACAGCGUUGAAAAUACCAUCAGCAUCAUUCACGAUGUGACUAAUCUAUUUAUUGAUGUAUUUCCAAAUACGGUGGUAUAUGCGGCCUUCGGUAACCAUGACUACUCCCCGCCAGACCAAUUCCCGCCGCAUGAAAAUAAAAUUUACUACGCAGCAGCAAACAUGUGGCAACGAUGGUACCGCGAUUCCACGGCCAAGAAAACACUACUGAAAGGAGGCUACUACACCAUUAGUAUCAGAGAAGGUUUGGUGAUCGUUGUGUUGAACACAAACUUGUACUAUACCAACAACCAAGUGACUGCUGACAUGAGCGAUCCUGCAGGGCAAUUUCAGUGGUUUGAUCAGGUCUUAGAACAAGCAGCUGAAAAUGGUAAUAAGGCCUACGUGAUUGCACAUAUUCCACCGGGUAUGUCUGAGGUAGGCCAUUCAAUUCUGAGACGACAAUUCAACCAGAGAUUGAAUGACCUUAUCAUUAAACACAAGAAUACCAUAGCAGCCAUGUUUUACGGUCAUCAACAUACUGAUACAUUCAAACUUUGGUACGAUCAGGGUGAACCAGUAGUAUUUGCACUGAUAGCACCUUCCGUGACACCAUGGAGUUCUCAUAUUCCCCCAAUUUACUUAAACCAGCCUGUUCACAACCCAACCAUCCGGCUAAUGCAAUACGACAGACAGAGCUUCCAGGUCAAAGACUAUUGGCAUCAUUACCUGGAAUUGUCCGAUGCCAAUAAGAAGGGCGAAGCACAGUGGAAAAAAGGAUACAAGUUUAGCGAGGCAUAUGGCACUGAGGAAGUCUCGUCUAUCUCAUUAGCGCACGUGGUGUCAAAUUUUGAUAAGAGGACCGAUGUCUUCAUGAAAUAUUUGCGUUAUAACAUCAACAGUGCUAAAGGCGAAACAAUUAAGACAUCUUGUGACGCCAAAUGCAAACGUCGUUAUAUUUGUUCUAUCAAAGAAGUGGAUGCAGAAAGAUUUAAAAAAUGUAUUUAACCCGUAAGCUGUGACGGUUAUAUUGUCAUGUUUUUCUCCUGCAGUUUUUGUUAUGUAGAGAACCGUCUUUUGG